AUGCCUCAGCAAUUGAGCUCCAAAGACGCGUCGCUGUUCCGCCAAGUGGUUCGCCACUAUGAGAACAAGCAGUACAAGAAAGGUAUCAAGACGGCGGACCAAAUUCUUCGCAAAAAUCCCAACCAUGGCGACACGCAGGCUAUGAAGGCUCUGAUCAUGAGCAAUCUCGGACAGUUGGAGGAAGCAUUUGUGCUGGCAAAGACGGCUCUCAAAAAUGACAUGAAGUCGCAUGUCUGCUGGCACGUGUUCGGUCUCCUGUAUCGGGCAGAAAAGAACUAUGAGGAAGCGAUCAAAGCGUAUAAAUUUGCUCUGAAGUUGGAACCAGAGUCACAGCCUAUUCAACGUGACCUCGCGCUCCUCCAGAUGCAAAUGCGGGAUUACCAGGGCUACAUUCAAAGCAGAAGCGCCAUGCUUCAGGCCCGACCGGCAUUCCGACAAAACUGGACAGCAUUGGCGAUCGCACAUCAUCUGGCUGGGAACUUGACUGAAGCAGAGAAUGUGCUGACCACUUACGAGGAAACCCUCAAGACCCCGCCGCCGAGAACCGACAUGGAACAUUCCGAGGCAGUCUUAUACAAGAAUAUGAUUAUUGCCGAGUCAGGAAAUAUUGAGAAGGCUCUGGAGCAUCUGGAGGCUGUUGGGAAACGCUGCUCAGACGUGCUCGCGGUCAUGGAAAUGAGAGCAGACUAUCUUCUACGUCUGGAUCGCAAGAGCGAAGCCGAGGCGGCGUACGCCGCUCUCCUCGACCGGAAUCCCGAGAACUCCAAUUACUAUGAUGGCUUGAUAAAGGCAAAGGGGAUACCAGAAACCGACCAUAAAGCUCUGAAGGCGGUGUAUGACGAGUGGGCUGACAAAUAUCCCAAAGGCGACGCUCCACGUCGAAUUCCACUGGACUUCCUGGAGGGUGAGGACUUUAGACAGGCCGCAGACUCUUACCUUCAACGGAUGCUGCGCAAGGGAGUUCCAUCGCUUUUUGCAAAUAUCAAGACCCUAUACGACAAUCCCGCGAAGCGUGACACAGUCCAAGAACUCGUCGAGGGCUACGCCUCUGGAAAGCUGCAGUCUCAGGCGAACGGAUCUGCAGAUAAGGAGACCAAUGGUGAAAGCUCGGUUUUUGAGGCCUCUGUCUUCUAUUUCCUUGCGCAACACUACAACUACCAUCUCAGCCGUGAUCUGGAGAAAGCCCUGGACUACGUUGAGAAGGCCAUUAACUUGGUCCCCAAAUCUGUGGAUUACCAUAUGACAAAAGCCAGGAUAUACAAGCACUACGGAAAUCUUCCUAAAGCUGCGGAGGUUAUGGAUUAUGCGCGGUCGUUGGAUGAGAAAGAUCGGUAUAUCAAUUCGAAGGCGGCCAAGUAUCAGCUUCGAAACAACGAUAAUGAGAAAGCCCUGGAUAACAUGAGCAAAUUCACGCGUAACGAGACGGUGGGCGGCGCUCUCGGCGACCUUCAUGAGAUGCAGUGUGUUUGGUAUCUAACCGAGGACGGAGAAGCGUACUUACGGCAAAGGAAGCUCGGCCUUGCAUUGAAACGUUUCCACGCCGUUUACAAUAUCUUUGAUACAUGGCAAGAGGAUCAGUUUGACUUCCACAGCUUCUCGCUACGCAAGGGCAUGAUCAGGGCUUACGUGGAUAUGAUCCGGUGGGAGGAUCACCUGCGGGAUCAUCCGUUCUUCACGAGGAUGGCUUUGUCUGCUGUCAAGGCAUAUCUUCUGCUGCAUGAUCAGCCUGACCUUGUCCAUGGCCCAUUGCCUGUUAACGGCGCGGGAGACAGUGAAGAUAGCGCUGAAAGGAAAAAGGCUCUCAAGAAGGCUAAGAGGGAGCAACAAAAGCUGGAGAAGGCAGAGGCUGAGAAGAGGGAAGCGAAAAAAGCUAGC